CUGCAACUGGCUGCAGUCGCGCCACCUGGCCGACACCCAGUCGCCGCGCCACGCGGUGGCCGGCCCAGCCUCGUGCACACUUGGUUUCGAUGAAGUUCACAAACGUCAAGCACAUCUUUGCCUUGCUCUGCACCAUCAACGUCCUCAACUACAUCAACCGCGGGAUUGUGCCCGGCGCGCCGAUCCAGUUCCAGUCGUUCAUCCACCACACGCUCGACGUGGCGCCCGACCGCGUCUCGGUCUACAUUGGCGUCCUCGUGUCGACCUUCAUCGCAGCGUACUCGAUCUUCAUCUGCGUGUUUGGGUACCUCUCGAUUCGGCGCCGCCCGUUCCGGUUGGCGGCGUUUGGGCUGUGCCUGUGGGCGCUGGCGAUCGCCAUCAGCGGCCUGGCGCGGCCCCUGAACAGCUACUACUUGCUCCUCGUCGGUCGGCUCCUCAGCGGCAUCGGCGAGUCGUCGUUCCAGGCCGUGACGCCGUCCUUCAUCGACCAGCACGCGCCCGAGCACAAGCGAACGCUGUGGCUUGGUCUGUUUGGGUGCGCCAUCUCGGCCGGCACGGCGCUCGGGUAUUCCUACGGCAGCCUGACGGCGCAAACGAUCGGGUGGGACUGGGGUUUCAUUCUAGCCGCCAUCGCCAUGAUGCCGCUCGCGUACUUGUGCUACACGAGCAUCCCAGACCACAUUGACAUCCCGAUGAUUCAAGAGUCGACGCUCGCCCACCAAGACGUGUACGACGAUGAGUCGCGGCACCGGGGGACGUCCCUGUCGUUCUUCCGCGAACUGUGGGCCGUCGUUCAGUCGCCGCUCUUCCUGACUGCGACCUUUGGUUGGGCCGCGUACAGCUUCACGAUCGCCGGGCUGGCGUCGUUUGGCCCGGCCAUCCUCAUCGGGUCCAACAUCCUCGGUGAGUACUACGCAUCGACUGCAUUCGGGGCCAUGGUCGUGGUCGCGGGGCUCGUGGGGUCGCCCCUCGGCGGCUUUGCCGUCGACUUGCAGUGCCGAUCGCACGAGGCGGACGCCGACCACCGGUUGUACAUUGUAACGCGGCAAAUGUUUACCUUGGUCACGGCGGGCAUCGCGUGCGCGUUCGGAUCGGCCAUCCUCAUGGACGUCCCCGCCGCCUUUUUCGGCUUGCUCUUCGUCGGCCUCGUGAUGCUCUUCAUGACGCAGUCCGCGUUCACCGUGUGCGUGCUGCUGAGCGUCAACCGCAGCCGCCAAGGGUUUGCGCUCGGGCUCAGCACGUUCCUCCUGCAUUUGCUCGGCGAUGUCCCGUCGCCGGUUCUGCUGGGGUACCUCAAAGACCAGUGGGCGCCAGACUGCGGCACGGUCGUGAACGCGGCCCUUGGCCGGGAAGAGCUAAAUCCGCUGUGCAGCACGACCGGGAAGCCAGGCCUCCAGUUGCUGCUCUUCUUUGCCUACGCCUGGCUCACGAUGACCGCGGUCUUCUGGGGACUGGCCUUUGUCCUGGGCCGCCGACAGCUCCUGGCGCCAACCAAGCGCUCCAUAUUUGACACGUGGACGCCCGUCAUGGGACCUCGCUGAAUCGUGUAAUGUGUAUAAGUGAUAAGUUAUGCUUGGAUGUUUUGU